AUGGGUCGAACGGGGGCGAAAAUGCCUAGUUUCUGCUUAAACAGGAUUAGGCCUCAUGUUCGAGUUCGAUCACCAACUGUUCAAUCCAAAAGCCUCUCAAAUAAUUCUACAAGAACUGAUGAUGAGGUGAAGAAUGAUUCUGCUGGCAAUGUUGGAGAAGAAAAAGGUGGUGAUUGUGCAAAACCGCCACCGGUGAUGACUAUUGGCCGGAAAAUCAUGAUUGUUGUUGAUUCGAGCCUUGAAGCUAAGAAUGCACUGCAGUGGGCAUUGACUCACACUGUUCAGAACCAAGAUACAUUGAUUCUUCUCUAUGUUAGCAAGCCUUCUAAGCAAGGUGAGGAGUCCGUCAAGGAGAUAGCUCCAAGAGUUUCUGAAUUUCUCUGUUCUAUGAAGAAGAUGUCUCAACUGAAGAGACCUGAGGUACAAAUUGAGGUUGCUGUGGCAGAAGGCCAAGAGAAAGGUCCAGCAAUAGUGGAAGAGGCCAGGAAGCAAGGGGUGGCAUUACUGGUUCUAGGGCAGAAGAAGCAGUCCAUGACAUGGCGGCUAUUGAUGACGUGGGCGGGGAAUCGGGUUAGCUGCGGGGUGGUGGAGUACUGCAUCCAGAAUGCCAGUUGCAUGACCAUUGCAGUGAGGAGGAAGAGCAGGAAACUUGGUGGUUACUUGAUCACCACCAAGAGGCACAAAGAUUUCUGGCUCUUGGCUUGA